AUGGCCUCUCUCGAUGCAUUGGACCAGAGCGCAGACAUAGCAGCCAUCAGUGCUUCCUUCAAUGCGGCCUUUGACAAACUUCUCGAGUCCACGCAACAAGUUCGCAAUGAUCCUAUGUUACGGGUUGCCCAACCAGCAGACCUCCCUCUCCUCAAAGAACUCAGCACCCCCGGCCAACCCAAUGACAUAGACCAAGCCAUCCAAGAUGCCUUCACAAUCUCCGACUUUCGCCUCCGAAUGAACAACCCCCGCUUCUUCGGCUUCAUUCCCAACCCCGCCUCGCCGCUAUCCUGGAUAGGCGACUGCCUCUCGAGCGCCUUCAACUCAUUUGCGGGGUCCAGGCUGCAGGGCUCAGGAGUUGCCGUUGUUGAGCAGACGCUGCUGCAGUGGCUGGCGGAACGCGUGGGAUUGCCUGACACUGCUGGCGGGGUUUUUGUUUCUGGAGGGUCAAUGGCUAAUAUGACUGCUAUGGUUUUGGCGAGGGAUUGUAUCUUGCCUUCAGGGCAGGAAGGGUUGGGUGUUGCGUAUGUGUCUGAUCAGACGCAUCACUCUGUGGUAAAGGCGCUGAGGAUUAUUGGGAUCAAACGCGAUCGGAUCCGUGCCAUUCCGUCGAAUGAGUCCUUUCAGAUACAGACUGCAGCCCUCAAGGACGCAAUCCAGACGGAUCGAAAGGCAGGGCUCAUCCCGUUUGUCAUAAUCGGAACAUCGGGCACGACUAAUACGGGGAGUGUUGACGAUCUAGCGGCCCUCGCACAAAUUCGAGACGAGGAAGGUGUAUGGCUUCACAUCGACGGUGCCUAUGGUGCCUCUGCCUCACUCGCUGCGACGCGAAGCUCAGCGGUCAGUGGCCUUGGGCUUGCCGACAGCAUCUCUUGGGAUGCGCAUAAGUGGCUGUUUCAGACCUACAGCUGCAGUCUGAUUCUUGUCAGAAACAAGAUCAAUCUUGCCAAGGUAUUUACCAACGACGGCGAUUACCUCCGCGACGCCCUUGAUGACGAAGAGAUUCCCAACUUCUGGAAUCUUGGCAUGGAACUAACGCGGCCAUCACGAGCUAUGAAGCUGUGGUUCACGUUGCGUGUGCUUGGAGUAGAAAGGCUUGGAUUGAUGAUUGAUCAUGGCUUUCGUUUGGCAGAAAUUGCCCAGGAAGAGGUGCAAAAGUUGAAGAAUUGGGAGGUUACAAGUGCUGCGAGCAUGGCUAUAGUAACGUUCCGAUAUGCACCACCGGGCAAGACGGAAGAGGAACUGAACGAACUGAACACGGCUAUUUCGAGAAAGUUGGUCGAAGGAAACAUCGCUGGAGUAUUGACAACCAAGCUGCGAGGGAGAGUUGUUCUGAGGAUAUGCUCGAUUAGUCCUUUGCUGAGUGGUGAUGAGAUGGCGGGCAUUAUCCGGCAAGUUGACAAAGUAGCGAGACAAUUAAAUGUCUGA